AUGGCCGCCGAGAAAGGCAACCAGGCCGCGGUCAUAGCCAUUCUUGAAGUCGGCGGUUCCAUUUUGCUGCUCCUCUUGCUGCGGCUAAAAGCCAAGCUGCCCCAGUCUCCCUCGGCAGACCAAAUCCGGACGAAUCUUGUUCUGGGAGAGCUCUUUCGGCUAGUUGAGCUCAAAAGCAGCCAUACGGCUGCCAUCGCCGUCCAUGAGGUCGGCUCUGCGAUUGUGCUGGUUCUCUUCCUAUGGAGGAUGCUAAAGCUCCUGGUCUGGACUGCGGAGGGCUGUGCCCGACGGUAUGUCACUUAG